CACCACCUCACCAUCGUUCGUCACAAUGUCUGCUCCUCGUGCUCCUCGUGGAUUCAUGAAGCAUUGGUUCGCCAUUGAAGCCAUUCCUCUCUAUGCAAUUAUUGGAAUUGCUAUGGGUGGUGCCGGCUGGUAUCUGACGCGUCUGGCCCGUGGUCCAAACGUUGUCUGGUCCAAGAACAACCAGGAACCGUGGAAUACCAUUCAGCCGAAUCAAAGUACGAAGCUUAUCAAUGUGAAUGAAAAGCUGGAAAAGAAUUGGUCUCGUGACAAGCUGUGAUAGUACUGCCAAUGUAUCUAUUAUCGCGCAAUCGCAUUGAAUUCUAAAUUGUCAUUUCUCUCCUUUUCCUGCGUGAUUUGUGUUCCCCGGCCCGCGAACACGUUUUACUUCCGACUCGGCUUACAAGGCUACGUAGACCUGCUUGAUCUCUUCCACUCACUUCUGUCCGUUUUGUCAGCCCAAUCGCUCUCGACAUGGUUAUGCCACUGGACUCACCACAGCCUACCUUCAUUCUUCCACCUUCCGCAAAUAUCUCAGCCACUCCCGAGGAAGCUCCCGAGGAAGGUUUACUAUUGAGUCGAGUGGGACCCUCUGGCCUUCCCGCUUUAAUUUUCGGUGGCGGAUCUCUAUCAAACCAAUAUAACAAUGACAGCCACUUGGAAAGUCUCAUUCCAUUAAGGACCGUUAGGACCGCUCUCCGAUAUGGAAUAAACGCCUUUGAUACGUCUGCAUAUUAUGGCCCAUCAGAGAUUGUCCUUGGCACCGUCUUGAAGGGCCUGGAACCUGAAUUUCCUCGCGCAUCAUACCAAUUGAUAACAAAAUGCGGCCGGUACGGAACAGACCGAGAGGCGUUUGAUUAUUCUCCGAAGACUAUCCGGCGUAGUGUUGAACGCAGUCUUUCGCGGCUCAAUACGGAUUAUCUUGAUGUUGUAUACCUACACGAUGUUGAAUUCGUCGCUGAAGAGAUUAUGCCUAGAAGAUUGGGCGACCAUAUGGGGGCUCUGGGUACAGAGGCCGAACAAUACGGCUUGAAGGAAGGGCAGGAAGCCAAAAUCUGGGGCGAAGGCGACCAGCGUGUAUUAGGCGCUUACAAAGAACUCCAGAAGCUUCAAUCAGAGGGUGUUAUACGGUGCAUCGGCAUUACUGGCUACCCGCUUCCGACGCUCUUGCGACUCGCGCUUCUUAUUCUUCAUUCGCCACCGUUCAAACCGGUUGAUGUUCUUCUUUCCUAUUCACAGUCGAACUUGCAGAAUUCUGCCUUCGCUGCCUUUGCACCCGCGUUUCGUGAGCGCGCACGCGUCGCUCAGCUAAUCUCAGCAUCGCCGUUUAAUAUGGGUUUACUCACUUCGAAGCCUCCUGUUUGGCACCCCGCACCUCCCGCGCUACGUUCUGCAGUAAAGCAUGCGUAUGAAGUGUGCGAGACAAUUGAUUGGCCCGGAGGACUGGCGGAUGUUGCGUUGGGUUACGCGAUGAAAGAGAAGACCUUACCAGGUGGGGAGGUUCCUGUCGUUAUUGGUCUAAGCAAUCCAGGAGAGGUGCAUGAAGCUAUACGGGUAUGGCGAGAUGUGCAAAACAUUGAUAGUUCAUCUGAUUCGAGAAGGGAAUAUGUGGAGAACACAGUGAUUGGCAUUUUUAAAGAAUCUGGAUACUUUGGUUGGGCAUGGUCUUCACCGCCGUCACCGCCGCAGAAAGACUGACUUCCCGCAGUACAUCAUUAGCUUAGUCGGUUUUUCUACUGGGUCCUUUGGCUUUCUCUUUGUAUAGGGCUAUUCUUGUAGUGCAUCGAAUUGUACGGGAAGUUGGAUGCGUG